CCCCUGAUCCCCUCCACCGCCCGCGGGCGCUUGUGCUGAUGUUUUUGCUCUUCUUGCUGUCUUUGCUAUAUUUUCCUCCUUUCAGGGAGUCCCAUCUUCAAUUUUCCCCUGAUAUUUCUCCCCCGUCCCGCCCCCAUCUCUAACCUGCCCGAAACCUCUCCUUUCUACUCUCCAAACCGGUUCUAAUUCAGAUUUAUAUGCUACAUGGCACAAUAUCACGAUUCCCAUUUCACAGAAUCAUAGAAUAGUUUGGGUUGUAAGGGACCUUAAAGAUCAUCCAGUUCCAAACCCUUGCCAUGGGCAGGGACAUCCCACUAGAUCAGGCUGCCCCAGGCCCCAUCCAACCUGGCCUUGGGACAUCCACAACUUACCUGGGCAACCUGUGCCAGUGCCUCACCAUGCUCAUGGUAAAGAAAUUCUUCCUUAUGUCUAGCCUAAAUGUGCCCCUCUCCAGUUUCUACCCGUAAUCUGCAUUCUCCUGGCUCUUUACUACUCUCUGAUAUUUUCUUCCAGCUUCAAAGCCAGAGACUUUUAAACUCUUUUUAGACCCUUGUUCUUUCUGUUAUUCUUGCGCCACCCCAGAUCUAAUAAUCUUAUCGUCCCGUUUCUGUUCUUUCUUUGUAAGUCUUCUGUAGUACUUCAAUGUCACCCCACCCCUCCAUGAUGGAUCCUGACUGUAUUCACCUUCCAGGUCCUCCCUCUCCCACACCACACAAAUUCCCCUGUGGAUCAUCUCAUUGUGGUGGUGGCUCACAGAUAUAUUUCUCUUUUGUGCCCUUCCUGAUAAGCGCCACUGUCUAGCCAUUAGAUUGGAUUUAUUAUAGUGCAUCAAGCUUUUCCCACAGUCUUUCCCUCCUUUCUUGAGUGUGGAUAGCUGACUACUGUACUUUAAACGGUAGGUGAUGGUCUAAGCAUUAUAUCUGAGCCUACUUAUUUGAACUGCGUCCAAGUCUUGCCUCUGUCUUUUGCACAAUAGCAGUUCAAGCCUGUCUUCUCAGUCUGGUUCAGGACUUUUUCAACUGGUGCUGUGAGUGCUGGCACAGCCUCCUUCCAAACAUGGCAAAAGGUUCUUGAAGGGUUGAGGAUUAUGUAAAACAAUACUGUUGAAGCCUUCUUUCAUUCUCUGACUAAUUGCUCCCUAUCUUAUGUUUGGUGCAUGCUGUAAGUCUUGCAGUAAGUCUUGCAGUUUCCUCCAUCUGACAGUUGGUUUCUACCAGAGGCACCAAAUCCAGCCUCUUACCUUCUCCUCCACAGCCAGGGGAGGGAAUUGUCUGCGGAAAUGGAGAAGACCAACUGAAAUGAGAAUUACUACAUGCAGCCUGUUCCCCUCUGGAAGGAUAAACAUGUGCAGAAUCAAUUGGAGACCAUGUCACAUCUGAGGUUGAAAGUCCACCGUAGCCGGUGUUGGAAAAGUAAACAUUAAGAUCAGUCGCUCCUACAGCGUGAUAUACUGUGAUUUUCCUACCUUAGGAAAUCGGCACCAGUUAGGAAAUGGCCAAAGUCGAAAGGUUUGCUUUUCAUGUUCCCAGCCUGGAGGAGCUUGCUGGGGUUUUGCAGAAAGGGCUCAAAGAAAACUUUGCUGAUGCUGAAGUCUCUGUUGUAGACUGUCCUGAUCUGACUCAGGAACCCUUCAACUUUCCUGCUAAAGGAAUCUGUGGAAAGCCUAGAAUAGCAGAUGUGGGUGGUGUUCCUUAUCUCAUACCGGUUGUACAGAAAGAAAAACUUUAUGAUCUAAAUAGGGUUGCAAAGGACAUAGAGCUGCCUGGAGCUUUCAUUCUUGGAGCUGGAGCUGCUUCAUCUAAGACUGUUGGAGUAAAUGCUGAGCUUAUCCCUAUUGUUCAGACUAAGAGCGAAAAAAAGGCUGCUGUAAAUGGGAGCUACAUUGCUCAAAUAAAUCCUGCAGAUAAAGGGUGCCUGCUUGAGAAGUACAGCAGUAAAUAUACUGACUGCGAGUUUGGGCUGUUGGCCAACCUUUAUGCCAGUGAGGGUAAACCUGGUAAGGUCAUUGAAGUGAAAGCCAGUGGAAGAACUGGGGAACUCAACUUUGUGUCUUGUCUGAGACAAAUUCUGGAGAAACACUAUGGAGAAAAGCCAGUUGGGAUGGGUGGUACAUUUAUCAUAGAGAAGGGGAAAGCAAAGAUUCACGUUAUGCCUCCAGAAUUUUCUGCCUGCCCUCUGAACACUGAUGAGGAUGUGAAUAACUGGCUGAAAUUCUUUGAAAUGAAGGCUCCACUGAUUUGUCAGCCAGUAAUAGUUUCAAGAGAUCCAGGCUUUGAUCUGCGGUUGGAGCACACGCACUGUUUCAGCCACCAUGGGGAGGGAGGGCACUACCACCAGGACACCAGCCCCGACAGUGUGCGCUACCGGGGGUACUUCCUGCCUGCCGAGCUGCUCUUCCGCAUCGACAAGCCCCUGGAGACCCACCUCGUUGGCAGGGACUGAAACAGGGAGGCUGUAGUGGAGGUGUCACAUUUAAUCUUCCUAAAAUACAAAUGCUGAUUUUUUUAUAACACUUUUGAUUACUUGCACUUAUCAGAGUCAAGAAUAAAUAUGAGAGCAGUGAGCUGCCGACUUCUUGAUUUUGUUAUAGGGAGAAACUGUGCUUACGCAUUGUUGAAAUGGUUAUUUAACCAGUAAUUUCUUAUUCAAUAUUAUUAAUUAUGUAUUUUUUUCUUCUUUGGCUGUGCUUCCUAUGUGGUUAUAGCUGAUGCUGGGGAACUAGAAGUGAAUUUGUUUAGAAUGAGGAAUUAAACAGCGUCUGGUAUUUAUUUUGUAUCAGAAACAGUGUGGUCAGCAGGACCAGGGAAGCGAUUGUCCUCCCAUACUCGUUGCUGGUGAGGCUGCACUUCAAAUCCUGUGCUCAGUUUUGGGCCACUCACUGCAAGAAGGACAUUGAGGGGCUGGAGCGUCUGCAGAGAAGGGCAAUGGGGCUGGUGAAGGGGCUGGAGGAACUGGGAUUGUUUAGCCUGGAGAAGGGAAGGCUGAGGGGGGAGACCUUAGGAAUUGUAGAGAGGUGGGUGUUGGUCUCUUCUCCCAAGUAAGAAGUGAGAGGGAAUGGCCCCGAGCUGCACCAGGGUGGGUUUAGACUGUAUAUUAGCAAAAAUUCCUUCACAGAAAGGGUUGUCUGUCACUAGCGGAGGCUGCCUGGGGAGAUGGUUGUGUCACUAUCCCUGGGGCUGCUGAAAAGGUGUGUGGAUGUGGUGCUCGGAGCAUGGUUCCGUGGGGGCUUGGCAGGGCGAGGCGUACAGCCGCCUUGAUGAUCCUAAGGGCACUUUUCCAACCUAAGGCCUUCCGUGUUUGAAAAAUAACGCUGCAACAGCUGAUCGCUGCUCCCUGAGUGUAAACCUGGCUGGUUAAAGGAGCUUUACCAGAUAAAACCUUACUACAGGUGAAAAGUACAUCCA